AUGUCUUUCAAUUUUUCUUCACUCAUCUCCUUAUUGGAGAUCAUAAAAUCGGAAUUAAUUGAAACAGCCUAUGAUAAGAAUAAAGCUCCAGUUUGCAACAUGAAAUUGGGCAGUCUUAAGACUAUAUUACUUGUAGACAAGGAGAUCGAAGAUGUACAGAUCAGUGAUUUGAAAGUACAUUGGUCUGAUAAAAAUAGCCCUGAUGUAACUACUUAUGAUAUCUUGGCACGCAACUCUAACCCCAAUACUGUCCUUAAAGCAGGAAUAACUGAAUUAUUUGAUAGAAAAAUUGAUCCUGGUCAAAAUAAGGAGGUAAGGGCGUACUUAACGAAUGUCAAAAAAGAUCAGAUUGAUGCUCUAAGGAAGGCAGCAAUGGGGAAAAUGGAAAAGGAUAAAUGGAGUAGUCACUAUGACAACCUACCAACGCACAUUUGGUAUCAAAUCUACCAAUUCAUCAAAGCCACGCCAAACGACUUCUUCGAUUUGACAAGGAAGAAUAGAAUAGAUGCAAUCUUCGAUUUUAAUUCAAAAAUGGCACCGUUCUGGAAUAUUAAAGAGCUUCUGCAAAAGGCGUAUGAUGAUAUGAUCAACAAGUAUGGGAACAUAACUAUGUACCUCACAUUUAAAGAUGAUGAUGUUGAGCAAAAGAGUGUGAUAAUGGAGUUCACAAAGACAACAAACGUAUUCACUAUGCUCAAUAACGCAUUGGAUUUUAUUUAUGUGCCAGUAUGUAAGCCACCUACUUCAACAAAGCCAACUACUCCUACAAAACCAUCUAGAACAACUAGAAUAAAACCCAGGAAAAGGAGUAUGAAACCGGAAGAAAAGAAAUCAGUUAACUGGGGUGUGGUAAUUGCACGAUUUGUAAUUCUCAUGCUUAUUGUAUACAUGAUAUGCAGAUGCAUAAGGCGUAAGAAAGAGAACAAUAACCCCCAAGUAGUUACACCAUAA